AUGCAAUCUGACAGCGCCAUGGCCAUCGUCUCUGAACUCCCGCGACCAACUCUUGUCUUCGUGGCGUCGCCGGAGAACGCUGAACGUCGCUCCUCCACGGAGUGGAGCCAUCAUGUGUGGCCUCCUAGAAGUGAGAUAAACUAUCAUGGUGUAGAGGCUACACUAGAUGCCCAUAGCUUCAAUUUACAACCUGGACAAUUAACUGAAGGUGGUGUCUGGGUUAUCAGUAGAGGAGAUGGAAAACCAUCUUCGGUCAACGGAAUCCAACUUGGAUGGCAUAUUCAUCCAGGCUUGUACAAGGAUUCGCAUACUCAUUUCUACGUUGCAUGGGGUGUAAAAAAAUCCCGUAACAAAGGGUGCUUUAACAUGGUUUGCCCUGGAUUUAAGAAGACAUCAUCAAACACUGCCCCAGGAGAUGUCAUCCAUGGAAACAAACCGAGCAUCACAAUAAGGAUACUGAAGGACAAAAAUACGGGUGAUUGGAACGUAUACUAUGGAUUGAAUCGAGAUUCUCCUAAAAAAGUGGGUUACUUCCCGCGUUCCUUACUUCCAGGAAUGAUAGAUAAACCAGUGGAGCUUAGAGUUGGUGGCUAUGUAUCUCACGAGAAACCAACACCAAGUCCUCCCAUGGGAAAUGGCUACGUGCCAUCAAGCGGCAACGCAGCAUCCAUCAAUAGUCUUAAUUUUAUUGAUGCAGAUGGUAUUUACCAUGUCGUCAAUGAAGAUCUGCCAUAUGUCAUAAGUCGUGAAGAAUGUCAUAAGCAGCUCAAAUCGUACAUUGACCAUGGACGAUUCUUCUAUGGGGGACCUGGUUGUUCUGAUUGA